GGUUAGCUUAUCUUAUCCCUUUCCAUGCUUUGCAUAGGUUGUAAUCUUGCUAGGGAGCGCACCUAGUGCCAUUGAUAUUUCACGGGACAUAGAUGGAAUCGCUACAGAGGUUCACAGUGCAUCUAGAUCUCUCCCGGAUGAAACCAAUGAAAAGCAGCCCACCUAUGAUAAUAUGUGGCUCCAUUCUAUGGUAAUAGACUUUACCAACGGAAUUUUCAGUUUGGUUUAAGACUGAUGCUGGGAAAUAGGUAUAUCCAAGGUACUGCUAUUGUUUCAACAAAUGCAGAUCAAAAGUUUCCAUGAAGAUGGUAGAGUUGUUUUCGAAGAUGAGAGCGUUGUCCUCGCUGACGUCAUUCUUCACCGCACAGGGUACAAAUAUCGUUUCCCUUUUCUUGAAACCAAUGGCAUUGUGACCGUGGAUGAUAACCGUGUUGGACCACUGUACAAGCACAUCUUCCCACCCGCCUUGGCUCCAACACUUUCCUUCGUUGGGUUAACAUGGAAGGCUGAGCCUUUCCCUAUAUUUGAACUUCAAAGCAAGUGGAUAGCAGGCGUUUUGUAUAAUCGUAUUGCACUUUCGUCACAACAGGAGAUGGUGGAGGAUGGCAAAGUUUCCUACUCUUCACUCGAAGCUUCGGGCACCCCUAAGCAUUACACUCACAACAUUUAUGCUUAUAAGUCUGAAUAUGAGGAUUGGCUAGCAGUUCAGUGCGGGUGUCCAGUCUUUGAAGAAUGGAGAAAGCAAAUGUUUGUUGCAGCAACACAGAACCUGAUUAAACGACCAGAGACGUACCGGGACGAGUGGGAUGACCACCAUCUGCAAGCUCACGAGGACUACAGAAAAUACACCUUCAAUGGAAUUGGGGUAAUGGACAAGUGAUAUCGAACGUUGUCCUGAUAUGAUCAAGCUGAAACAAGCGAAAACAGAUAUCCCACGAAAUCUUGGCGUGUUGUUGUCCUUCAGAAGGUUUUGAGUUCAGCUUCAAAUCACAGAUGUACGUAAUUUCUAGGCAAAACUAAAAUGAGUGUUGAUGUCGUUCGUUGGCAUCCAAAAGUGGACCAACAUUUGUGGUUAAUUAAGACGGUGGAAUCCACAACCACACAAAGAUUUACGUGUUUCACUCGACUCAAUUCGAGUACCGGGCUAUUUUCACGGGUUCU